AUGGCUAUUCGCCCCAUGAAGUUCACGCCUGAGGUCCUCCUCGGCGCCCCCAGGCGGUCCUCGGCGGUCCCCAACGCUUCAGGUACCUUGGCUGUAUACACCCAGACCACCUACUCUUUCGAUUCACAUAGCAAAACAAACGAAAUUCGCGUCAUCGACAUCGAGUCUGGACGAUCCGCCCUCAUCACCAAUGACCCCGGUGCCAGCAACCCCCAAUGGCUCGGCCGCGGAGACCAGCUCGUCUGGCUGAAAACCAAGACCAACGGCAACACAAGCUUCAUCGUCGGCCACGCCCGCGAGGCUGAUUCCACUUACACUGCUGGGACUGUCCCAGGGCCUGUCUCCGACCUGAAGGUGACUGUAAUUGAGCCUGGCAAGAUCGGAUUCGCCGUCAGCGGAAAGGCUAACCCCGACGGGUCCCUGUAUAAUCCCCAUGAUGCCAAAAAGCCGCACACGACGGGUCGCCUGUAUACAAAGCUUUUUGUUCGACACUGGGACUCUUAUGUCGAGCCUCAGAAGAAUGCCAUUUGGUACGGUCUGUUGGAGCAGGCACCGCUGUCUCCCGCUCGUAGACAGGCGGGUAAGUACUCUCUGUCAGGUCUUACCAACUUGAUCUCCGUCUCGGGUCUGGGUGCCGUUGAGUCGCCAAUCCCUCCCUUCGGAGGUACUGGAGACUUUGAUAUCAGCCCGUCUGCUAUUGUGUUUGUUGCGAAAGACCCGGACGUCAAUCCCGCUACUCACACCGCUUGUUCUUGCUACUAUGCUCCCAUGUUCUCCUGGACGAGUAUGAGUGCAUCCAAUGCAAAGAUCUGCAAGGUCAACGCCCUGAGGGGCGCGAUGUCAUCGCCUGUUCUUUCUUCAGAUGGGGGCUCCAUUGCUCUUCUGGCCAUGCGUACGGACGGAUAUGAGUCUGACAAGAAUCGCAUUCUUUACGUGCCGAACCCAUGGAAUGGAGAUAUGAUUGAGGUCUUUGAGUCUGCGGAUGGGAAGGGACAGUGGGAUCUGAGUCCGUCGACUAUUUCUUUUGCAUACGAUGACAAGUCGUUGCUCAUCCAGGCCGAGGAGCUUGGACGUGGACUCCUUUAUCAGCUUCCUUUGGAUCAUAUUAAGGAUGCCAAGCCCGAUGUGUUGAAGAGACUCACCCGUUCGGGUUUUGUCAGUGAUGUAUUUCCAGCUGCCGACGGCUCUCCCAAACUUUUCCUUUCAAGCAGCAGCCUGGUUGACAACAGCCUGUGGACUAUCAUUGACCCAUCCAAUCCCGAAGACGUGCGGGUCGUGUCUUCGAAUGGUCGUGGAGGUGCAGCAUUCGGUCUUUCUUCAGCCCAAGUGGAUGAGAUUUGGUUCCGAGGCGCCGCAGACCACCCGGUGCAUGCAUUUGUGGUGAAGCCGUCAAACUUCAAGCCCGGCGAGAAGUAUCCCCUGGCCUACCUGAUCCACGGAGGUCCUCAAGGCGCAUGGAAUGACCAGUGGAGCACCCGAUGGAACCCUGCUGUCUUUGCCGAGCAGGGUUAUGUCGUGGUAACCCCGAACCCUACAGGCAGUACUGGAUACGGACAACAAUUUACGGACGCCAUCCGCGGCCAGUGGGGCGGACGUCCAUAUGAAGACCUUGUCAAGGGUUUCGCAUACAUCGAGCAAAGCCUAGACUACGUUGAUACCGAUCGAGCCGUCGCGCUCGGCGCCUCAUACGGCGGGUACAUGAUGAACUGGAUGCAGGGGCAUGACCUUGGCCGCAAGUUCAAAGCCCUCGUCACCCACGACGGAGUCUUCAGCAUGACCUCGCAACUUGCCAGCGAGGAACAAUACUUCCCUCUGCACGACCUGAAGGGCCCAAUCUGGAAAGUUCCAGAGAACUGGGCUGAAUGGGAUCCUUCUCGAUUCACAAGCGAAUGGCAGACGCCUCACCUUAUCAUUCACAAUGAACUGGACUACCGGCUUACCAUCGCCGAGGGUCUUGCAGCUUUCAACGUCCUGCAGAUGCGCGGCGUUGACAGCGCAUUCCUUACAUUCCCUGAUGAGAAUCACUGGGUCCUCAACCCUGAAAACUCCCUCCUGUGGCACCGCACGGUGCUAAACUGGAUCAACAAAUACGUUGGACUGCCCCCUGUGGCGGACGAGCCAGAGCUGUUGUCCAGCAUGAACAUGUCUGUCUGA